GGGACGCUCUUCCCUCCUUCCCCUUCCCCUUCCCCUCCCAGGACGGCUGGGACCCGGCUCCGGGGCUCUCCGGUGGCCGCUGCAGCCCCAGCUCCACCGGGCCGGGGUUCGGAGAGUCCAGACCGCUUCCAGGGCGAGUGCUCCUGAUUGUGACAUCACAUUUGUCCCCUUGGCGAUGGAGCUGGUCACUAGGAAGGAAGGCUCAGUUGGAGAAUAGUCAACGAGAUGGGUCACUGGAAGCGUCUCUUGUGUGGCACUGAGUGGAGGCCUCAGGGGGUUGGAGCCUUGUGAUCAGGGAACCUGCCCCCCAACACUUGGAAGGACCCAGGUUUCAGUGAUGAGACAUGGGGUAUGAUGUAACCCGAUUCCAGGGGGAUGUUGAUGAAGACCUGAUCUGUCCGAUUUGCAGCGGAGUCUUGGAGGAGCCAGUGCAGGCACCUCAUUGUGAGCAUGCGUUCUGCAACGCCUGCAUCACCCAGUGGUUCUCUCAGCAGCAGACCUGCCCCGUGGACCGGAGCGUAGUGACCGUCGCCCACCUGCGUCCAGUCCCUCGUAUCAUGCGGAACAUGUUGUCCAAGCUGCAGAUCGCCUGUGACAACGCUGUGUUUGGCUGUAGUGCUGUUGUCCGGCUUGACAACCUCAUGUCUCACCUCAGCGACUGUGAGCACAACCCCAAACGGCCUGUGACCUGUGAACAGGGCUGCGGCCUGGAAAUGCCCAAAGAUGAGCUGCCAAACCACAACUGCAUUAAGCACCUGCGCUCAGUGGUCCAGCAGCAGCAGACACGGAUCGCAGAGCUGGAGAAGACCUCAGCGGAACACAAACACCAGCUGGCGGAACAGAAGCGAGACAUUCAGCUGCUCAAGGCCUACAUGCGUGCCAUUCGCAGUGUCAACCCCAACCUUCAGAAUCUGGAGGAGACCAUUGAGUACAACGAGAUCCUAGAGUGGGUGAACUCCCUGCAGCCAGCGCGAGUGACCCGCUGGGGCGGCAUGAUCUCGACCCCUGACGCGGUGCUCCAGGCUGUCAUCAAGCGCUCGCUGGUGGAGAGUGGCUGUCCGGCCUCCAUCGUCAAUGAGCUGAUCGAAAACGCCCACGAGCGGAGCUGGCCCCAGGGUCUGGCCACGCUGGAAACAAGACAGAUGAACCGGCGCUACUACGAAAACUACGUGGCCAAGCGCAUCCCUGGCAAGCAGGCAGUGGUCGUGAUGGCCUGUGAGAACCAGCACAUGGGCGACGACAUGGUGCAGGAGCCCGGACUGGUCAUGAUCUUUGCCCACGGCGUGGAAGAAAUAUAGGAGAGGCUGACGGGACGUCAGGAAGAGACGGAAGGCAGAGAAUCCGUCCCUGCAGCAGCCGGACCCUGGGUCCUGCCGCCUGUCCUUACUACUGUGGCCUCCACGCGGCCACUCUUGCCCCUGCCCUUCUGGCACUGAAGGGCGGGGCGCCUUGCCCCACCUUUCAGGUGGGAAACCCAGAUUCCUUCCUUUUGCCUAAUUCCUUCCCCCUGACAUGGAAGAUUCAGAAUUUUUGGUCCGGUUGGCAAAGUGCCCACUUCUUCCGUUUUUCCUGCCUCGGGUUCCAUAUAUUUUCAGAAAGCACAGAUAAGCAUUUGCUCGACGGGAUCGCAGUCGAUCAAGGAGACUAAGGGUCAGUCGUGCUCCCGCACCGGGGAGGCGGAGGAGGCAGGCCUGUCGUCUCUGGACAGCAUUUGGAGAGGCGCUCUGGGGAGCAGAGAUCCUGAAGAAACGGAAGGGGUGCGCCCAGAGCCCUGGCAGUCGGGAGCAGACGCUGGGGACCCGGGCCUCUGUGCCAAGCGCGCCCUGUGCAGCCGCCGCGUGCAGGUGCUUGGGCGGGAGGGACCGGCCAGGCGAGCUCUUCUUUCCCGUACCUCUCUGGUAGUGGGGGUUCGGUCUGCUGGGGUCAGUUUUCUCAGCAAGAAGCAGCUCGCUGGCAUUUGCUGACAUGGGCCGGGCUCUGCCUUCUGUGGCCCAGCCUUGUGCGUUCCCUUAAGCCCCUUCCAGCCCCGGGAUCCCAGUAGUUCCUCUGAUCAUUUCCUUUGGCCAUUGUUUGUUUAUAUCUUACUUCUUCCCUUCCUCCCACUUAAGUCUUUUUUUAUAUAUGUAGAAUGGCCUAGUUAUGGCUACCCUUUUUUAGCCCAGCCACAUUGUAGACAAUUUAAUUUAUUUACUUUUUUUUUUUUAAGAAAGGAAAAAGAAAAAAAAAUGAACAAAAUGUAAAACUUUUCUUUUGCUGUUCCUGUCGUGGGGAUUCUGGCUAGGGAGGGACAGGGAUGUGGGACCGUUUUGUAUUUUUUGCUUUUCAGCACAACCUUUGGCUUUAAUGUUGGAAGGGCCGAGGGCGUCCUUGGCUGAAUAGUUCAUGUCUGCCUCAACCCUCCGUAACCCAUGGAGACAAGGAGCUGCUUUUGACUCCAGUGGCCCGUGGAAGGGUCCAGCAUCGGACGCCUGCGCUCCCCAGGAACUGCUCCCAGCCCUUGCAGGGUCCCACCCUGUAGGCAGCCGCCCCAGCCUCCACCCCGUUUCCUACGCGGGGACAGUUUACACUUUCCAGGCCAGACGGGAGGGAAAUUGUAUCCAGAGGAGAAGCUGUGCCUGUCCCUCCUCCACGCCACUGUGGGCCAGCCCUUCCUUGACUCCGGGGGGAUGGCAGCGCCAGGGAAGGGGAGAGGAAGUGAAUGUGAUGAUGCUCAGAUGCAGGUGGGAGUGGGAGGAGACUGUCACCACCUCACAGCGCCCCAUCGCAGAAGGCCAGGCCAGGUUGCCACCAGCCUGAGUGUAUUAGGUCCGAGCGCCACUGGAGUCAGCAAAAGUGAGGGGCACAGCGUGAGGAACGGUCAGAUGUUCCAGCUCCAGGACACUGUGCUCAGGAAUUUGAAAACGCUGCUAUGUUUAAUCUGGUUAUUACUCCAUUUCUUCCACUCCCCUCCCCCCGCCUGCCUUACCAAGGGCCCGGACCCUCUUGGCACCCCUCAGAUGGAGCCAGGAAGCUCAGUUAAGGCUUCCCUACCCUUUGCACUAGUGUCUCUGCGGGUUGCUGGUUGUGUCACAUGUGCUGUUCCAUGGUGUUGACUGCACUAAUAAUAAACCUUUUACUCCACUCUCAAAA